AAAAAAAAAAACCAGUGACCAUGGCGGACGUCGAGAAGUUGAUGCGACUGCUGCGACCAAUUUAUGACGCGAUUGACGGCCGACAGUACAAGAACGCGAUCAAGCUGUGCAACCAAAAGAAGAUCUGCGACAUCGACCUCGUGCAAGUGUUGCAGGCGCACUGCUUGGAGCGCACGGGCAAGGUCGACGACGCUCUUCGUAUCGUGCGUCGCGUGCAGCUCAAGAAACCCACGGACGAGAACUUGUUGCACACGAUGCAGCUAGUGUUCAAGCUGUGCGGGGUGCCGGACGAGAUGCUGUCGACGUACGAGCAUGCGGCGGUCGCGCACCCAACCAACAAGGACAUGCAUUGUCAGUUGUUCUUUGGGUACACUCGAUCGUUGUCGCUGGCCAAGCAGCAGCAGCUCGCGUUCAAAAUGUACAAGACAUUCCACUCGCUGCAAUACGUUGGCUGGGCGUGCUUGAGCAUGCUGCUUCAAGUGACCGUGGAAAAGUCUCUGCCUGUGAAGAUGCUGCACUUGGCCGACAAAAUGCUCAUAAAGGCCCUCCGCGACCACCCCGCCGACUCGAACGGCGAGCUUGGCUUGCUCUUGGUGCAGCUGCUGCAGGCUCAAGACAAGCCACACGAGGCCAUGGCAGCAUUCCAUGAGUUUAUUCGUCAGGAAAGUGAGUGUGGCGGCGACGCGGCGAAGCCUCGGGCGUUGGAAGGCCAAGGCGUCCCCGACGACGAAAUCGAGCUCGGACCCAUGCAAGCCAUCGACCGAAAGGUGCUGGAGGCGUCGCUGGCUGCCGACAUUCAGGACUGGCACACGGCCACCGCCGCAUACACGGACCUCCUCACGACGUUCCACGCAGCGGAUGACUGGGCGUUCUGGGUCGGCCUCAUCGACGCCACGUUUCACGUCGGCACGGCUGCCGCGCACGCGCACCUGCGGCACACCAUCGACACGCUGCAGCAGCAGCACGGGGACAAACUCCGUGGUCCGUGGCUCGCUGGCGUCGAAGUCGCCGUUCGCCACGCCACUGACUCGUCGUCGUCAGACAACAAUGACCAGGACCAGCUGGACGCGGCGGUUGUCGUCGCCGCCAUCGUGCCGUACAUGGAUCGGUUUGCGAGUAAAGCAUGCUGCGUGACAGACCUCCAGCGGUACGCGGGGGUGCUGGGGGAUUCUGGCAAGGCGGCGUGGGUCACGGCGUGCCAAGCGAGGCUCUCCACGGCCUGCCACCAACAAGGCGCUGCUGUGGGCGAUGACGACCAACUCAAGUGGUUUCGCCAUGCGCUGACGGCGCGCAAGAUGCUGCGCUUCCUCGGCGAACAUGCGACACUGUCGGUCGAGGCGUUGCUGGGGCGGGUGGACGCCAUGUUGGACGAGUACCAUGCCAACCAACCGCUCAACCACCAAGCCGUGGGCGGCCAGCGCGAGGUUCAAGUGACCGACGACUUGCUGCUGCUCACAGUGUUGUUGCUCGUGGACGUCGUCGACGUUGCUGAUACAGUGUCGCAGACGAAAUCUCGUCGCGAUUGGCUGCUGCACGCCGCCACGUGCUUGGAGUCUGGGCUCGCGAAAAGCGCCUACAACUUUCAGAUGAAGCUGCUACUGUGUCGCAUAUACGCGCUGCUUGGGGCUGGCACCGCCUUCUUUGGCCGGUACCAGGAGCUCGACGUCAAGCAGAUCCAAGUGGACUCGCUGUCGUACUUGGUGCUGGACCCGCUGCUGGCACUGGGACAGGUCGACGACGCCCGCCGCAUCUGCGACGCGGUUCGGGCGCUGCAUCGCACCACGGCGCGGGACACGCCCGAGUUUAUCUCGCGCGCGUACAAGCUCGGUGACGACGACACACCAAUGAUAUGCGACGACGACGAACAUGUGACACUGUGUUGUUGUAGGCGUGUUUUCCAAAGCCCAAGACAUGACCAUGUUUCUGCUGCACAAGAUGAAGCGAUCGCAGAUGCUAGCGGUGGCCACGUCCGAGCUCGUGCACUCGGCGCUCGUCGACCUCUCGCGCACUUCGACCAGCCAUUUGCACACCCAGUUGACGCUCCAGCCCACUUUGCCCCUUCUUCCUGAUCUCGACCGGCUCGUACAGGAUGCCACGUCAUGUGGCUUAUCUCAAAACUACCACCGCCAAGUCCAAGUUACGUGGUCACCGCCCGUGCCCGAGACAACGAACGGACGAUACCUGUAUGAACCAAACUCGACGCAGUCGUGUGAUCGCACGAGUGCCGACCCGGCGUUGCUGGCCCAGUGGCUCCAGCUCCGCGCAUGUGUGCCCCAUAUUCUGUCGGGAGUUGCGGCCGGCGCCACGUCCGAGGUCCUGGAGGGUCACUUUGACACGUUCAAAUCCGUGGUGCAAAGCCUCCAGCACAUCCACGCAGCUGCGACACCGUUGUGGACAGUGUCGCAGACGGCAGCCGACGCGCUGCUGCUCGCCAUCUCGGGCGACUUUGCAAGCGCCAGUGCCACCCUGGACACCCUGGCCACGCAGCUCGUGCACGUCACUGUGUUCGACUCGUUGGUAGAAUCCGACAUUGGUGACGACAUUGGUGACGACAUUGGUGACGACAAGGCCCAGCUGUUGUCCACGUGGGGGUUGUCCCUGGCGUCGCUGUGGGCGUUUCAACUGAGUCCGUACGUGCUGCUAUUCGUGGCCAUGGUGGCCAAGGUCGUAAAGCCCAAGAAGAAGGCCAAGGCUGCGGAUGACAAGAAAGGGUGCAUCGAUAGCCUCAAGGCGGUCGUUCAAGCGCACGUCGCGCUCAACGUCCGUGGUCAGCAUGUGUGCAAGCAGUUCAAGGCGGUCGUGCCCCGUGUCCGUGCGCAUCCCGUGGUGGCGGAGGCGGCGGGCGGCGUUCAAGCCAAGGUGGCCGCGGCGCAAGACGCGACCGCCGCGAAUCUUCUCGCAGUCCUCACCGACCAUGUCGGCUUUUUGCGGUCGAUUUAACCAGCUUAGACAGGAGGAUGGGCGACGACGACAUUUUGACCAACACAAACACGUCAUAUGCAUGCAUGGUUGAAUGUGACGGAGUUUAUUCACUUUGCAGAUAAUGAUGCAUACAGAAUGGAUCGAGAAGGACAGGGCUGUCGGACAUACUCGUGGCAGACCGCGGCCAACGGACUACAGGUGGCCUUAUGUCGACUUGGGGUGCUUCCAGUCUCUGUAACACGCUUCGAGGGCCGCUUGUUCCUUGCGGCAUUCCUGCAACUCAUGCCAGUUCGAGUCUAGCGCGUUCUUGUACUUGGUGAACGCGUCGCCGCAGUUGGUCUCAAGCACCCGCAGCGUUUUCAGCACGCACGCCGUGACUUUCUCCCCAGGCACGAGGCACGCGCGAGGGUUCUCGUCAUUGCUCUUGCACACGAGGUACUCCUUGUUCACACCCGCGCAUUCUGUGCCGUAGAUGGUCGCCGCGCCCAGUAAGGCCGUCGAGUCGGUUGCGGGGGUCGUGGUCUUGGAACUCAUGAUGUUUGCAGCAGCCCUCAAAAACUCCAC